CGCCUUUAUAUAUCCCCCUGAUUUUCCUUUCUCUUUCCCCUCUUCCUUCCUUUUCUGGUUUUGCCUACUCCCUUCCUUCCCAUUUCGACUCCAUUUUUCUCAAUGGGUUUCUUUGUCCAGGAUCCGAGUCUUAUGGUAACCUAUGUUCUAAACAAAACAGCACUCGUACUAGCCGUAUUGAGAUGGGUCUUGUCUUGGUCGCUCAGUUUCGGAAACAGAACCAUUUUUCCGCCGUCUGAAGAAAACAGUUCUGCUUCUUGUUCUUCUUCCUCUCCGCCGGUUUCUUCCCAGGCGAUACGGGACAGCCUCGUACUGUCGACGUUCGACGACGUCAAGGAGAGACUGCCGUGGGUCUCCGACACGUGUGCCGUGUGCUUAGGGCAGCUAGGGCAAAGAGACGAGGUUCGGGAGCUCAGGAACUGCUGCCACGUGUUCCAUCGAGAAUGCAUCGACAGAUGGGUCGAUCAUCACGAGGAUAAUCACAAGACCUGUCCACUGUGUCGGGCCCCUUUGCUCGCGUCUUCUCAGGCCUUGAUCUGGCCCAGCAACGAGCCUAGCUGGGCCGUGGAGCGGCUGCUUUACCUUUUCGGAGACGAUCUGCUUUGUGAACCUUGGUGAAUGGACCCAUCACUCGAUUUUUGUAAUGUCGGUCUAGGGCUAGGCCAUUUGGGCUUGUACAGAUAUAAAUAUAUAUUAUCAGUCAACACGUUUUGGAAUUCUUUUCCAAGAAUUUUCUUAGUACUUUUUUAUUCUGAUUUUUUUUUUUUGCUGCCUAUUUAUUUGAAUAACGUCCUUGUUACCCC